AUGAGCAAAGCCGUUAAAGCCCCAGCAAGUGAGAAAGUAGUUGUCGACAAGAAGAAAGUUACUAAGGACGAGGAGGCCACCACUUUCACUUGUUUCUUCGACUUGACAAGCUGCACCGAUUUCAUUGAGCCAAAGAAGCUUGUCACAUACUUCAAACAAACCAUUAAAAUGAGCGGAAAGGCUGGCAAUACCAAGGGCAUUUCAGUCACUAUUGUUGACGGAAAGAAGGUGACCAUCACCACCCAGAAGGAAGGACUUUGCAAGAAGUACAUGAAGUACUUAAUGAAGAAGUACCUCAAGAAGAACAACCUCAGAGAAUGGCUCAGAGUCGUCUCCGACAAGAACGAGGGCUUUGUCUUGAAGUUCUACAACGUCCAGAACGACGAGGAAGAAGAGAAGGAAGAACCAACCGCACAAGCCGAGGACAAACAAUAA